CACGCGCUCCGACAUCGGCCGCCGACGAAAUUCCGCGCGAAAAACAUCGAAACUAAAAAAAGGAUUUUGAAUUUGUAUUUAAAUUCGAAAAUAUCAGUGUUUUGUUGUUAAUUUUAAUAAUUAGUUUUAAUACUUAAAGUAUAUUUAUUAAAAAUGAAUUCCUUUUUUGUAAAGAACUUGCCCUGUGUGUUGUUGUUGUCACUGGUGAUAUUAGCAAAUGCACAAAGAAGAGAUGUUGACUUGCACGAACUGGAGAGACAGAACAAGAUCACCAAGCAGAUCCUGGAGGCGUUUAUCCAGAAGAAGUUGGGGCUGAAGAGUAACGUGCCGAGGGCGCCUUCGAUCCUCGACAUACUGCCGGUGAGGAUGGCAAAUGUCCCGGCGACGAGACCGCCAGAAUUAGAGGAAGAAAUAGAAGAAGAAGAACAGAACCAAGAAAACUUGGAGGAAGAGAACCAGGAUCUAAAUGAGGAGCAGGAGAUUAAAGAAGAUGAUAGUCUGCAGAGUGUGGAGAGCGAGCAGAUUGAUUCUAUUUAUGAUACUCAAGGUAGGAGUAAAAAGUACUCAACUCCACCGUUUGAGGCUGACUUGGAACCGACUGGUUACAAUCAAUGUUCGAGUUGUAACGACGAUGAGCUGGGGGUGACGCGGUGGACGAUGCCUCUACUCAAGUCUGGUGAAAAGAAGUAUUAUCUGGGAAUAUUCUUUAAGGCGAACUGGUUCAAGGCGCAGCAAUACUGCCGCUUCCACGGCAUGCACCUGGCUUCCAUCUCCUCGCAGCAGGAGAACGAUAAGCUGGAGCAGUACGUUAAGGACUCAGGUUACGGCCGCGAGCACUUCUGGACAUCAGGCACAGACUUGGCAGAAGAAGGUAGCUUCUUCUGGAUGGCGAACGGCCGACCCCUGACCUUCGUCAACUGGAAUGCUGGGGAGCCCAACAACUUCAGAUAUGAAAACGGAGAAGAAGAGAACUGCUUAGAACUCUGGAACAGAGACGACAAAGGUCUCAAGUGGAACGAUUCUCCUUGCUCCUUCGAAACAUUCUUCAUUUGCGAAGUGAGGUCCGAUUGAUGGACCCCUCCGCUAGAUGUCAUUAGUUGUUGUGUGAUUGCAUAGUAGCGUGCUAGAUGUCGCCAUUUGUUUCAUGUCUGCCCAGCUGUGUCUGCGCAGAUACUUUUCGAAACUAUUUAGAAUUUUUGAUAGUUUCCUGAAAUCCGGACCCUGACCAACCGUAUUACUGAAGGGGAAUUUGUUGUCCCUUUUAACUGAGAAUCUACUGAUCUCUUUAAUAUCUAACUUGCCUCUUGUAUAAAAGAAAAAUGGAACGUAAAUAUUACUUUUAUUAACAAACCAAAUGAAGUAGCCAUGUGUGAGUGCUUGUGUUGAAACUAUCAGUUAUGUUCUACUCGAUUGUUAAUUUUGUAAAAAAUAAUAUUUGGCAUAUCAGAAUAACGUUCGGUCAGUAUCAGUAUACAUAGAUAGGUAACGAUAAGUUAUAAUUGAUUAUUUAUUUUUUUAAUUACGACUUCAAUUGGGUCGUAUUCGGUAAGGGUAAAAAUUAAACGAAUUGCAAUAGAUCUGGAUACUUUGACUUUUUUUAUUUUAAAAGCGAUCACUGCCUUAUGAUCUUAUGAUGAACCUCCGAGCAAGCGCUCAAAGGACACGCUGUGUCCAUAGUCAAACAUAGUGGGUAAAUAAACUAUAGUUACCUUAGUUGUAAAUGUAUAAAAUAGUCUUAAGUACGGACAAUAAACAAAUUAAAGUAAGAA